AUGACCAACACACCUUGCAUGGGUCUUUUCACCAGAGUUGAGAACAAUUUGAAGAGAUCGUUUACUUUUAUCUUACUACUUGCCGUUCUAGCGGUUAAAGCCAUACCAGACUUUCAGUAUGAUUUAGAAAAAGCUGAGGAAUAUUUUGAAGCCUUUAUCCAGGAAUACGGAAAAGAAUACACAAAUGAAGAUGUAAAGGCAAGGAAGUUCGAAGUAUUUAAAGAGUCACUGAAGGAGUAUAACAAGAAGAAUUUGGAGCAAUUGCAUGCUAAAUUUGGUAUUCAUGAACACUCAGACUUAACACCGGAAGAGUUACAAAAGAUACGAGGCGGUUACCGUCGUAUGAGCGGCGGCAAUUGCACGAGUCGCGGAGCACCAGAGGUAAACCCACCGGAAGCAUUUGACUGGCAACUGCAAGGUUCUGCUGUCACUCCUGUCAAGCAACAAUUGUGCGGAGAUUGCUAUGCCUUCGCUACUACAGCUAAUAUCGAAAGUCAGUAUGCAAAGAAAUAUGGUAAAAUGGUGGAUCUCUCAGAACAGCAGAUAGUAGACUGUGAUCAGAAAAAUGGUGGCUGUCACGGAGGUACACUGGAAAACGCUACAACGUAAG